UAUUUAUUUAUAUUAUAUUAUUAUAUUAUUAUAUUUAAAUAAAUAUCUAGAUGUAUAUAUGUUUGUUAGCCAAAAUGUUGGCAUCAAUCUUCCCACUUUCUAACGGAAAACUUCCCAUCUUCCCCACCAUAUAUUCUCUUCCCAUGUCUCUUUCCACUUCUUGUCUUCAAUAUUGUUAGUUAAUUUGUUCCCCUCACCUCCUCUUAUAUAUAUACACCCCCUUUUCAUCUUCCACUUUGCUUUGAUAUAUAUUCUUAAUUUUCAUAUAGCUUUGAAUAUUGAUCAUAUAGAUCAAAGCAAGAGGGAGAGAAAUUAGUUAUAGAAUUAUCAUAUUCUUGAAUUAGGGUUUGAGUUUGAGAAGAGAUAAUAUGUGUAGUAGAGGCCAUUGGAGACCAUCUGAGGAUGAGAAGCUUAAGGAGUUGGUGGAAAGCUAUGGACCUCAUAAUUGGAACGCCAUAGCUGAAAAUCUCAGAGGAAGAUCAGGAAAAAGUUGUAGGUUGAGAUGGUUCAAUCAAUUAGACCCAAGGAUAAACAGAAAUCCUUUCACUGAGGAAGAAGAAGAGCGUCUAAUAACAUCUCAUCGGAUUCAUGGAAAUCGAUGGGCCGUAAUUGCAAGACACUUCCCCGGCCGGACGGAUAACGCUGUAAAGAAUCAUUGGCAUGUGAUGAUGGCGAGGAUUCGUCGCGAAAGGUACAAGAUAUAUGCAAAAGGUCCUCUUGAUCAUCACAUAAUAUUCUCUCCAAAUGAUCAUCAAACAAACUUUGAGACAAGAAAUCACCCAAGUAUCUCAUAUAACCCUUUCCAAUUUCCGAAGUUUCGGUUUCAAGAUCCAAGUUCUUGUUCCACAAUGCUUCAAGAUAAAACUCAAUCAAUAGAGUUCUAUGAUUUUCUUCAAGUAGAUUCCAAUAAAAGUGAAGUUACUGAUAAUGCUAGAAGAGAUGAUGAGGAAGUGAAUCAAGAUGUUGUGGAGCUGCAGAACAAAGAAAAACAUGUUCCAUUCAUUGAUUUUUUGUCUACUUCAAGCUGCUAACGUAGUUGCAAAAUUAAGUGAUUCUCCCUCCAACCAUUUGUAUGAAUUGAAUUGAGCUUAAUUAAGUAGAAGAAUGUCUCAACAUAUGAAUAUAUGCACUAAUCAUACACAUGUAUUUAACGACGUAUGUACACUUGUAACAUGUAAAAAAAAUGAAAACUGCUUUAUUGCAAAAAUAGAAAAGAUGUUGUAUAUGAUUAUUAUUUUAUUUGUUCUAUAGCUAGGUAGCAUGCAUAUAUUAUAUUCUAGAGUGGAACAAAAAAUGGAUAGUAGGGGGGUGAACUUCAUUGUAAAAGGUUUUUGACAUGGUGGUGGAGGUUUCCAAAUGAGUGUAUCUACAGAAUCAGCACUGUGUCCAAAGUUAGUGAAAAUACAUAGGAGGAACUUGCAAACUCUAGUUUGGUGAAUCACACUUAUUUAAAAACAGAAAUGUUAUUUAUGUACGGACAAUAUUGUUUAUAUGGA